ACGAUCGUCAAAGUCGCUGAAGGUGUCGAAUAAAGUUUCGAGAUUUCUUCGCGCGGCUCAGAAUAUCUUUUCUCUCUCUUCCGCUCCCGACUCGGAUAUAUAUUUCCCAAGAACAGCAAACACCAGAAGGGAGAUCUCCAAAGUGCGAUAUGAGACCAAUGGUGCUAUGGCCGUCUACAUCUGUUGUCUCUUGGACGACAAGACGGACAGGGCGGUCGGUGGCGAGAUAUAGCGCUGCAAGGCUGUCUUUGUGCAGCGAGUGCGUGGGUAGAAGGAGUCUAAGUCUGAGCUCGCUCGGCUCCCUGUUUAGCAGCAGGAGGAUACGAGAGACGAAGAGUGUGUCCGCUGAACUUACUCGCAGAGCGGAUGAGACAUGGAAGAGACGGAGGAGCUAUGCCACUGUACCAGAUAUCAAUGAGGAUUUGGCGAAGCGGAUAGAUGCGAUACCGAUUGAGCGGUACAGGAAUUUCUCCAUCGUUGCUCAUGUUGACCACGGAAAGUCGACGCUGAGCGACAGGCUUUUGAUUAUGACAAACACGAUUCCAGAAGGCAGUCAAGGCCAAUUUCUCGACCGCCUCGACGUCGAGCGCGAGCGCGGAAUCACAGUAAAAGCACAGACGUGCACGAUGCUGUACAAUUACAAAGGCGAAGACUACCUCCUGCAUCUUGUCGAUACCCCGGGCCACGUUGACUUCCGCGCAGAAGUGUCGAGGAGUUAUGCCUCGUGCGGUGGAGCGCUGCUGCUUGUGGAUGCGAGCCAGGGCGUGCAGGCGCAGACGGUCGCGAACUUCUUUCUCGCGUACAGUCUCGGUCUUGAGCUUGUUCCGGUGAUCAACAAGAUCGAUCUCGACCACGCCGACAUCCCACGCGCGCGCGAGCAGAUCGAGACCAUGUUCGAGCUCGACCCUGACGGCGCGAUCGCGGUGUCCGCGAAGCGCGGCACCAACGUCGAGCAAAUCCUUCCGGCUGUUAUCGAGCGCAUUCCGCCGCCAAGUGGGAGUUCAGAUGGUGCGCUCAGGUGUUUGUUGGUUGACUCGUGGUUUGAUAAUUAUUUGGGCGUCAUUGUGCUUAUUUACGUCGCGGAUGGCACGCUGCAGAGAGGCGAUAAAGUAAUGUCUGCGCAUUCUCGCAAGCGCUAUGAGAUCAAGGAACUAGGAAUUUUGCACCCGGACAAAGUACCCAUGCAGCACCUGCAAACAGGCCAGGUCGGCUACGCCGUGCUGGGAAUGAAGACUAUCAGCGAAGCGCUUGUGGGCGACACCAUCUUGCAUUUCGGAUCGGAUGCUGAGCCAUUGCCUGGCUUUGAGGAACCGCAGCCGAUGGUGUUUGUCGGUGCUUUCCCCGCCGAAGGGGUCGAGUUCCGCGCCAUCGACGACCGCGUGAACCAGCUUGUGUUGAACGACCGCAGUGUCUCGCUGCAGCGCGAAAACUCAAACGCUUUGGGCCAGGGAUGGAGAAUUGGGUUUCUGGGUACCCUGCACGCUUCGGUCUUCCAGGACCGGCUGAAGCAAGAGUACGGUGCCUCGCUGAUCAUCACUGCGCCGACGGUGCCGUAUAAGAUUGUGAUGAAGGACGGCACCGAGAAAAUCAUUCGUAAUCCGGAAGAGUUCCCUGAUCCCAACGAGAGGAAGAACAGAGUUGCGGAUCUCCAGGAGCCGAUGGUCAAAGCCAUCAUGUCAUUCCCUCAGGAAUACCUUGGCGACAUCAUCGACAUCUGCGAAGGCAACCGCGGAUCGCAAAUAGACAUGACAUUUCUCUCGCACGGUAACCAAGUGCUCUUACAGUACCUGAUCCCCACCGCCCAUCUCGUCGACGACUUUUUCGGAAAACUGAAAGGCGCUACGAAGGGCUACGCCACGCUUGAUUACGAAGACGCAGGAUAUCAAUCCGCCGACUUGGUCAAGAUGCAGUUACUGGUCAAUGGUAACAGCGUCGACGCGCUAGCGCAGGUAAUGCACCGCGACCUCGCGGAACGAAAGGGAAAAGAAUGGGUCCAGCGGUUCAAGAAGUUCCUUCGCUCGCAGCUGUUUGAGAUUGUCAUCCAGGCGUCGAUCGGCAGCAAAAUCCUGGCGAGAGAGACUAUCAAGGCCCGGAGAAAGGAUGUAACGGCUAAGCUACACGCGGCCGAUAUUUCGAGACGAAAGAAGCUGCUUAUGAAUCAGAAGGAAGGAAAGAAGAAUAUGAGACAGGUUGGAAGGGUCAAUAUUCCUCAAGAGGCAUACCAGGGCUUCCUCUCGAACAGUAAACCUCCAAAGUAAAAUACUG